AGUAGGUGGCGCCGUUGUCGUCAAGAAUUUUCUCGAAGUGUCCAAUUGUGCAAUUACAGUACUGUACUCUGUUUACAAAUAAAAUUUCUAAUUUAUAGUUAUUAACUAUAGCACAUAGUUUUAGAAGCAAAAUGGCACUUUAUAAAGGAGCAGCUAGUGAAGCAGGCAGAGCCUUGCAAUUAAAAAAGAAACGUGAGAAAGCUUUAGAAGAAUUAGAACAUCGUAAAAGAAAAAUUGAAGAAGAAAUGAAACUUUCAAAUAUUGAAAAUAAAUUUGCUACACAUUAUGAUGCUGUUGAGCAACAAUUAAAAUCUAGUACCAUUGGAUUAGUCACUUUGACUGAAAUGAAGGCUAAACAAGAAGAUGUUGUGAAAGAAAGAGAAAGACAACUUGCUCAGAAACAACAUGAGAAAGAAUUAGAAAGACAGCGAGAAAUAGAAGAGAAGAGAGAAGCAAAAGAAAGGCAAAAGAGACAAAUUGCAGCUUUAUCAUUCAGAAUGGAUGAUGAUGAUGAAGAAGAAGAAGAAGAAGAAGGUGGUGGUGGUGGUGGUAUUGGUAGUGAUGAUGGUGGUGAUGAUGAGGUUGAUGAUGAUAAAAAUGUAAAAAAUGAGUCAAAAAUUAAAAGUGCAGAUGAUUCGGAUUCUUCAGAGGCAAUACCAAAAAAGAAAAUUCGCAAAAAUCCAGAUGUUGACACAAGCUUUCUACCUGACAGGGAUCGUGAAGAAGAAGAAAGAAGACUUAGAGAAGAAUUAAGACAAGAAUGGGUUCAAAAGCAAGAAAAAUUGAAAAAUGAGGAAAUAAUAAUUACAUUUAGUUAUUGGGAUGGAUCUGGUCAUCGCAGAAGUGUAAAGAUGAGAAAAGGAAAUAGCAUUUAUCAGUUUUUACAGAAAUGUUUAGAAAUUCUGCGAAAGGAAUUCCAUGAAUUGAGAGCUGUUACUGGUGAUCAGUUAAUGUAUGUGAAAGAAGAUCUAAUUAUACCUCAUCACUACACAUUUUAUGAUUUUAUUGUGACAAAAGCAAGAGGUAAAAGUGGACCCCUAUUUAGUUUUGAUGUUCAUGAUGACAUUCGUUUGGUGGGAGAUGCCACUGUUGAGAAGGAUGAGUCUCAUGCUGGAAAAGUUCUUUUACGAAGUUGGUAUGAACGCAAUAAGCAUAUAUUUCCUGCUUCUAGAUGGGAACCUUAUGAUCCCACAAGAAAUUAUGAAAAAUAUACCAUAUCUGAUCGCAAAAAGAUAUGAGAAAAAGUAUAUUUAAUAUACUUCAUACAGGUAUUUGUAAAUAAUUUUGUUCAUAUGUUCAAAUUGUGUUUUAAAAUUACUUUAUUAUAAUUUAAAACUUAGCUUAAUGCAUACAUUAUAUAAAAUACAUAUUAUUAUGUAUAUAAGUAAAUGCUUCUCAUCAAUAUUGAAGAAUCGUUAUAUUAAUUUUGAAGUAGUCCACUCUUUUAAU